AAAAUUGAUCCUCGAACGAAUUAACCCCAAUCCUGCCGCACUCAGCUGCCGUUCUUUGUGUUUUUGUUUUUAUUGUACACAAUUUAUUUUAAAUGUUAAACAAUUAAUUAUUUUACGAAUGGAACGAAAAGGAAACUCAAUGCAAAACGACGACUCAUCAUUGGGCAUACUCAAUAUGGAUAGCUUAAAGGGCAGAGGAAGAUUUUUUGGUGACUUGUCGAAUGAAUCUUUUAAAAAUACCUAUAGAAGUAAAAGUCCCACAAAUAUGUCCUCGGAUCGAAGAAUUAGUGAUCGUCUUAAUAUGGAACGUAAAAAAGCUUUGGAGGCAUUACAAAAAGCCGAUGCCAAAUCUCCUGAUGUUUUUAAGAAACCUCAUCAAGUCUCGGCCAACAAGGAAAAUAUGAAAAGUAUUAUUAAUAAUGGCUCUUCAGCUACAGAAAAUUCAAUGCCACUUGAUCAUACCGACUAUGUACCAUUUCGUCGUCCCAAUACAAUUAAUAUAUCAGAUCUUGUAACAGAUGAAACAAUACAUUUGGAGACAACCUCAUCGAACCCUCCAUCAGCCUGUAAAGAUGCAAAAAUUUCAUUUGAGCCCACCGAAAUAACAGGUCGCUCAACGCUUUACAAAAAAGAAAUACGCAAUAUAAAGGCGCCAACAGCAAUGAAACAAUUGAAAAACAUAUCAGUUGAAGAGAUAUUGGCUUCAUCGUUUGCGCCGAAAACCCGUAACCUUUGUAAAACUUUGCAGGGCAAUUGUGAUACAUCACUGAAUGUGAGUGGUGGUGGUGGAGAAAUGGAUGCAACUGCCAGUAAACUGCAUGGCAUUUCAAUGGUAUCUUCUUCAACCGUGUGCAGUUCUUUCGACCAAUAUCAAGACUCGAAGAGUCUGCCGCGUACAGCUGAUAUGUCAAUGUCAAAGAAAUCAUUUUCACAAUUAUCAUUUAACGGCGAUCAGGGGACAUCAUUUUCAUUUAGUGCCGGUGCAGGCACCGGUAAUGAAACUGGUAUUUCCAGUGAAGAAUUUGCUCCGGGAGAACUGAUGCAAUCGAAACUAUUAAUGGAUGAAAUAUCCUGGGCCCAAGAAUAUGCUGCCAUACCGGCAAAGACAUUGAGUGAACAGGCCAAAGAAAAGGCGGCCAUAAACGAGGAAGUGGUGUCAAAUGGCUUUGACUCGCCCUCAACAUCAAACUCCAUAAUAGCCGGCGAUCCCAAUUUUUCGGUGGGUAACUUCUUCCAUAUGCGUUCUGAGAAUAUAUGGGACAUUGUUAAGUCCAAAAGUCCUGACAAAUGUCGUACCCCAUUUGCCCUGGUAGAUGAAGAUGAUAGUAACAUGGUUAGCACUUCGAAUAUAAACGGCGAUGGAUAUUCCGUACCUGCCACACCCAUAAUAGAUAAUAAGACCUACACUCGUGUUAAUAGUCAGUUGGAUGUAAAUCAUGAAAGCAAGGAUUCGGGAAAUGCCUCAGAAAAUUCAUAUCUUUUAAGUAUGUCAGCUAUUGGUAGGGCUCUGGAAAAUCUGGAUGGCGCCUCAAGCACCAAAACAAUUAAAUCAACCACUCUGGAUGUCACUCCCAAGGCUGAUAAUAAAACUUAUACCAGAGUUUCGAGUAUAAUUAACUCAAAACAUGAGAGCAAGGAUUCGGGGAAUGUUACCGAUAAUUCCUAUUUGUUGAGCAUGUCUGCCAUUGACAGGGCAUUGGAAAAUUUGGAUUCCAAAAAUACCUCAACUACUGCCCUAACUGGCCAGCUAAUAAUGCAGGCCAAGAAAUCACGCUCAUGCAUGAACCCCCAAACGAUGGGCAAUGAUAAUAGCUCCGCUGCCACCAUGGAUUCGCGGCCUCGCAGCGCCCUAUCCUUGGAUUCUGAUAUGAAAAUGCCCAGCCAUGAUAUGGCAAAUCUGAUAUUAGAGAAUAAGGAAAAUGUUGAUCCCAUAACAGGACGUGGCAGCAAUGGCAGCAGAAUUGACCUCUCCGACACCAUAAGCUUUACAGAGUCACUUUUAAAUUCAAGUGAUAUGAAAAAAAUGGAACGUAGUCAAACGCAGCAAAAAAUGCCACGAUCACCUCUGAGUCCAAUAGAAGUGGCAACGACCACUCCAAAUAUAUGUAUUACAGAGGCAGCCGUCGAUGAUGGGGCCGAGGCGGACAAUGAUGAAUGGCCUGGUACGCCAAAACAAAAUUUAAGUCGCCGUGUACGACGCAAAUCUCCACGUGAGCGCAGCCCUAUGCGACCAGAUGUUGCAGAUUCGCCGCAUGAAGAUGAUAAUGCCAGAACUCCUGUUAAUUCUCGACCAUCUCGUGCCUAUGUAGUUGAUAAAAGGGUGACUGCGGUUGGUGUGGCCACCAAUAAAGAACCUAAAUCUCUAUGUUCCACCCGCCUUGAUGGUGAUCCUCGAAAUGCUGCUGUUGAUUGUGAUUUUGGCAUAUCACCUAAUCUGUCGUCAAGCAAAGUGGGUGCCAGUUUGGCAAUACGUAGUACCAGCAAUGCUCAGCUAUCACCGCGUAGCGUCAGUGAGUUUAGAGUAGAAAGUUCUCCACUUUCGUCUACGGCGUCUGCACGUUAUCAAUAUUCUCAAAGUUCAUCACCCACACCAACCUUGGAUACGACAAGUAACUCAGAACGCCAGUUGCUUUCGGCUGGUGUUGGUGGGGGAGGUGCAGGCUUGGCCCGUAAAGUUGUCUCCUCACCUGUGGGUAGUGAAGCGUCCAGCACCUGUAGUUACAGUACAGUACAUUCGGCUCGCUCAGUGGCUUCAGCUUCGAAUAUGCGCAGUAUUUCACGCUGCUCUAAUUCCAGUGAAUUUAGCCAUCGUGAUGGCAAACAAAUUCCGCUUAAAGUUACCACGCUGGAGUUGUCUUGGGGCAGCAUUAAAUUGCGUAGCGAUUCACGCAAGUCGAUGCAAAUCAAAAACAUUGUCAGCAAACGUUUGGUCAUACGCAUUGAAGUGAGUGGCCCAGGCUUUCAAAUUGUCAAUUCGGAACGUAACAAUACCAUAACAAUGCAUUCCCAAGAAUGUCGUUCCAUAAACAUUAGCUUUUGUCCCACUGUACGUGGUGUGGCAAUUGGUAAACUAUCAUUCUACGCCCCCACCACCAAUGGUUCGGGUUUGGGGCAAUCUUUUCUCGAUGUUGCCCUUUAUGGGUAUGGUGGCAAUGCCAGUGUUGUGCCACAAAAUAUUUUAAUGGGACCCGUCGGAAGUCCCUUCAUAACAAUGGGUGAUCUAUGUGAGCUUACACAUCCUUUGGAACGCACCGUAAGUUUCUAUAACAAAGGUCCGUUAAUGGCAUUUGCUGUGGUGUCCAUUGACUCGCUGGGCCUUUUAUUGCCACGCCUCUGUGAUGCCUUUGAAAUAUAUCCUCAAAAAGUUUUGAUACCUCCUCAGCACACAGUGGAUGUGCGCAUAACAUUUAAGCCGCGGCGAGAGGAGAUCAAAAAAAUGUUAAAGAAAAUGAGAAAUGUCCUAACCCUGGCCAAUAUGCGUGUCAUAUGCGGCGAUGAGGCCAAUCGUCAGCGCAUACGUCGCCUCCUAAAACAAAUGAGUGAAAAAGAUCGUGCCAAAAUGUCCUCAAAUGUCUUGGAUAUGCUGUGGACUAAAUUUGAAAAUGAAAUGGAAAUGAAAGAGCUGGAAAAUAUUCAUGAAAAUCCCAGUGUUGCCAUGGAUUUGGCUUCGGGUUUUCGUAUACAUGAGAUACUGCUGACCCUUAACUAUGAUAAUAUGGAUGAAACUGCCGAGGCCUCCUCGCUAUUUUUGCCGGAGGGAGAUGAAACCGUGUUGUUUCGUACCGUCGUAUGUGCUGCAGAUUCACCAACACCACCGCCCACAUCAAGUCUGGGUACGGUGAAUGAAAUGUAUGAAGAUGAGGCUGAGGGUGAAGAGGAGGAGCGACAACGUUCCACCAGCAACAGUGCCAGUGCAAGGCAUCAGCAGCAACAAUUGAUUUCAUGGUCUGUUAAGCCAUCAAUUUUGGAAAUUAAUUUAAAUCGCCGUUUUGAUAGAUCAUCACUGUUUGUCCAUAAUGGAUUUAAAUCACGACGAUAUUUUGAAAUUGCAUGCAAUAGGAAACAGUUAUUUAAGUUUAGCCCCUCUGAAGGUUACGUGGCUCCGGACAGUGGCCAAACGGAAGUUGUGGUCAGUCUCAGUGCCAAUGCAAAAGAAGACGAUCUAAGAGAUGAUGUCUUAAUUAUGGUUUAUAUGGAAAACGAAAGGAUUACGGUUCCAGUGAAAUUCAUCAACAACGUCUUUUAAAAAUAAAUGUUAAAUGUUUUGUCCUUUUUUUAUUUGGUCGAUUUUAAGAUAUAUAUUUUUUGUAAUUUUAAAACGUAUAUUGCUAAUGAUCUAUAGCUACCCUUUCAUUUAUUUAUAUUAUAUUAGCAAGCAACAAACAAUUGGUUUUAGGAAUGUAAUAAAAAUAAAUAUCCAUA